GGGGUUCCUCUCCAUCUCAUACCUUGCUGCAUAUGUAAUUUAUUGCCACUUGAAUGACUACACGAACAAUUUGCGAAUACUCUGCAGCGUGAAUUUGAAUUUGCUCAUUAUUGAUGAAGUUAAAUAAUAGAAGUGCACUUUCUUUUUUGUUACUGGUGAGAAUUGAAUGAGUAGAAUGUUUGGGUAACCCAUUCAAUUUUUAAUUAUUAAUUUCUAACGUAGAACAAUCACAUUGCACGUUAACUCAGUGCAUUCUUUUUUAACUUGGGGGACAGGGUAAGUUCGACGAACGCAUAUGGUAUUCAGAUUAGUAUUACUUUUGCUCAACUAAAAUGGCUUUAUACAAAUGUGUGAAAUAAAUUUGAAUUUGAUCUGGAAUCAUUCAGAUGUAAAUACCAUGUACAGACAUGGAAUCUGUAACCAUAACUUGUUGCUUCUUCGGCGUAGUUCGACCACCUGAAUUCCCCUAUGUAGAUGAAAUGAAAUUGAGACAUAGCUUAUAGGCCUACACACACCGACUGUUUUCUAUUCAAAAGAUGAAAUCUGUACAAUAAUAUGUACACAGUAAUAAACAAUCAAAUUAAUGUUUUAGAAAAUAAAGGUGAACACAAAAUACAGUUUGUCCUAGAACAAAUCUUUAAUCUUUGGCACUGUGCCCGGAGUGUUUUAUAAAGCUACAUGUAUGGCGGGCGAUUUUUCCUACCUCGAAUCUCCAUAAAGCCAAAGGCGUAUGCAUCUGGAAGGGAUGUUGCUGAAAUGAGUUGAAAGUCAAUUAGCAUAAGAACGACGCACAACGACCUUUGCCAUGGGUGAACUUAGCCGCAAGAACUACCAAAUAUUUGCUGAAUUUCUAGGGACGUCGAAUGAGAGUCCGGCUCCACUUACGACACCUGAGACAAUGCUCGCAAUGCCACGGCGCGGUAGGGUGUCAACAGGCAACAUUGGACAAGACCCAACUAGGAUCCGCCAAGUUCCCCGUUGAGGUUCCCCUUAGAGGGUUUAAGGUAAACAGAACGCGACUUGUCGAUACUUAAUACGUGCGUUUUCCUCCAAAUUGUUUUUAUUAGGUUCCACGUACACGGGUUCAGAACAUUUUAAAGCAAUGUUUAGGAACAUCGUUCUUGACACAUAGCCUCGAUGGUACAGGUGACAUUGAUUAGGAAAAUAACUCAACAAGAAAAGUAUUCCAAUAGAAGCAAAGACGAGUAACGAAAGGUUUUACAGACACUAAAUCAAUAACGAACAUAUUGGUCAACAACAUGAAAAUUACAGCAAUGACAAACCUACUUCAGCUGUCUUGUUAGAAAUGAACCAAAUUGAUCUGAACAAAACUUUUUUUUUCGGGGAGGGGUGAGACGAAUUAACGAUGACACUUGGUUCAAACUUUCGUCUCAGACUGGGACUUUUUUUCCAAAAACUAAUUACAUGUAGCGUCAAAAUAUAUGAAACAUAUGGAAAAAAAUACAUACCUCCCCCCCGGAUUUACGCUCAUGGUCACGACGACCGUUAGAGGUUUCUACAAAAACUACAGAAGGUUAAGCGUGUGAAAAAAAAGCAACGGACUGCGAUGUUAUCCGUAGAAAAUGUUGAGGGGGUUGAGGUUUAAAUCUAUCGAGGGCCAUUUUGGAAUCGUUUCGGUGCUCUCCCGUUAAUGUUUCGUGCUUCCUGAUGUUAUUCCUUUCAGUGUCUUAUCUCCCAUCGAGUGACGGUUCAGUUUUAAACUGGCGCUUCACCCACCAGGCUUCAAUGUCAGUAACUUAACCUUUCUUCGCAUCCUCUUCCUCCUCGUGUUGUAUCCGUGUGGCGUCUCGUCUUACAGUAUCUAUAGACCACCUCGCCCAGCUUUGUCAUGCGCAUCGACAAAUAUCCUCAACCGCACCGCUACUAAGAUUCGUCGGUCUCGGUUAUUGUGUGAGUGUCCGCCGCGGGCAAAAGUCGGGGGAAAACUUGGACAAAACUUGGUGUCGGCGAAAAUGGCUCCCGAUCACAAGUUACCCGAGGUGACCCUCGGCGGCGAUUUUCUCCCGGGGAAGAACACCUCCGCCAAGAACGGGAAGUUCUGGCGCUGGCUCUUGGCAGGCGCUCUGCUGAACGUGUGCAUCGUGUCCGUCUCGGUCAGUCUGACCGUGCUGUAUGUCCGCACAGAGAUGCAGGAAAUCUGGGUGCAGAUACUGAGUCACGAGGAGCGCCUGGAGUGGCUGGAGAACACUCACUCGAAGCAGGACGCCGUGCAAAUGAGUGUCCCGUUUCGGAAGCACGCCCAAACGAGAAAGAGAAGACACGAGGAAUCGCAAAUGUUGGAAGGCCACGGCUCGGCACCCAACGCGACAAGAUACGGAAGUCAUGAGAGGCCGUCAGGCGGGGACGCGUAUGUGCGAUGGGGGCGCACUACAUGCCCAACCCAUACCGAGCUCGUGUAUGCUGGUACUGCCGCCGGUUCUCUUUAUUCUCAUAGCGGUGGGUCAGUGGAUUUCUUCUGCCUGCCUCCUGAGCCGGAGUGGGCAUCCAACCACAACGACGGCACCAACUCACAGUCAUACCUCUACGGGAUGGAGUAUGAGGUUUCGGCAUUUGAUCCCUUUUCCCACGAGAAUGCAGAGUUCCUCCAAGAUCGUGACGUUCCUUGCGCCGUGUGCCGCCUCGUCGACCGGGGGACCCAGCUGCUUUUCCCGGCCAAGCUGGGCUGCCCCGCGAGCUGGACGGAGGAAUACAGAGGUUUCCUCAUGUCCGGACACUACAAUCACCAGCAGCGCUCCAAAGCCGUGUGCGUGGACCAAGCCCCUGAGGUUGUGCCCGGUAGUCAGUCUAACGCGAAUGGAGGGCUACUGUACGCAGUUGAAGGGGUUUGCGGUUCUCUUCUAUGCCCCCCUUAUGUUAAUGGGCGUGAAAUAACGUGCACAGUCUGUAGCAUCUAGAAUGAAUGGAACACGGUGCACCCCAACCGACUUGAUAGCCAACAAAUGAUCAGUGAGGCAUGUGCGAUUAAUCGCAUUCUUUCUUAUCAGCUCAGAUAGAGUCGCGCAACGUAAUAUCACUUGCUCUGUUAAUCGUCAUUCUUAAUGCUCAAUUUGCCACUCUAAUUUCUUUUUUGGCUAAACGCAAUUAUACAAGAGCACAACAGUGGUGAAAUUAAGGAAGAAAGUCACAAUUUUAGAGCUUUUUGAUAUUAAGCAAAAUUUGCCACGAUUGUAGCUAUUGUUUUAUCUUCCGUUUUCUUUGUUCUUGCAUUUUCUUUGAUUCAGUACAUGAACAUAGGACAGUGAUACGUUGUUCCCCAAGCGUUUUCAAAGGCAAUUUGUAGUGUCUAUACGUAAAACAGCGCCCAAGAUUUUCAGGACUAUCGAUAAAAUGUUCAUUUUAAUACAGAGUGCCAGAUAAUACAUGCAUGUACAUACAGUUGCACAAAACAUGCGCAAUGAGUGAAAACCUGUUGUUGGCCAUAGCCGCUUUGAUUUCUACUUUACCGUAUUGUAAUACAUAUUCUCUUAAUAUUUAUACUAGCGAUAAUGCAAUUAUAAUGAUAAUGAAAUUAAUUAAUUAAACAGUGCACGUUCUUUUUUGAUCGAGAGCUUGUUUUUUUCUUCGGACAGAAGUUAUUGUCGAUGAGGUACUUGGGUAUUUUUAUUGUAACAACUGUAUCUCAGUGAAGCAAAUUAAGCUGUCUGUAAGUACAACACUUAACUUAAAGCGGACCGUGAACUUUUCAAGUACGUGUACACUGCAAAAACUGGGGUGUUAACUUUAACACCCCCGGUGUUAUCAGAGGACUACAGCCACACUUUUCACUGGUUUUAAACAUUUUGGUGCUAUUUGGUGUUACUUUUCACACCCUCCAGUGCAGAGUAACACGUAAAGUAACACCCUAUGGUGUGGUCAUCUGAUAACACCAAAAGUGUUGAUUUUAACAUCAGACGUUUUAGAGUGUUAUCUAUGCUACUCAACAAAAAGUUGAUAUAGUGAGUUUGUAUACACAUUCAAAUCGUGGACCUGUAACAAAAGGGGACAAUAGGGUCCACGGUUGCCGAAGAG